CUGGGCGUAGUCAAGCCACGUGACUAGUGGAGGCUCGAGUGGCAGCGAGUGCGAAGAUGCCGCGGAAUGUUUUUCCGGGCCGGGUUAGCUCAACUCGACUCGAGGCAAACACGCAAACCUCCAAGAGGUCUGUCUACUCCGUUCGCGCCGUUCCUCCUCGUGGUCAUUCCAAUCGGGAAUUCUCUAAAGCCGGUUGUGCAGCAGGUAAACGCGCGCACGCGGCCCGCUGCGGCUCGCCGCUCACAUUGUAAAUCAUAACUAUUCUUUUAAAAUAACUGAGUUUCUUCUGCGUCUCACAUUUUUUUAAACACUAUUUAUAUUAUUCAACGUCUUUUUUUUUUCUUCUUCUUUUUGUAUUUAUUUUUUAUUAUUUGGUCUUCGAUCAGCUUCUUCUACAAACAGAUUGAAAAAUGGACGUAGAGACGGGGGCUAUUUUAGCCCUACAGAUUUUAGCCCUUUGCUCAAUAGCUGCCGCCCUACUCGCAUAUCUGAUGCGACAAUCGCGAAAUGCUACAGACGAAUACGAGUUGCGAAACAAAUGUCACGUACUCGUAACCAACUGCGAUACGUGCGUGGGUCUACAGAUUGCCCUUGCACUUUCUGAAGCUGGUUACAAGGUAUUUGCUGGUCUACCAAAUCCAUCGGAAAAUUCACCGUCGAUGAAAAUUUUAAAAGCCGUUGAACAGGAACGAGAAAAAGAAAUGGACAACGGUGACUCGAAUCACGAUAAGGUUCAAGUUCGUGUUCGAGGACAAAUCGUGCCAUUGGAGUUGGAUCCAACUAGGGAAGAUAGUCUACGUGCUUCUUUGGAUGCAGUUAGAGCUAAACUUCCAGCUGGAGAAGAUGGUCUGUGGGCAGUGAUACACACCGGUGGCUUGGCGUUACCAGGUUCUAUAGAAAAGCAAACCAGUUCAGCGUGGGAAUCGAUGCUGCGACACAAUCUGGUCGCACCUCUUCGAACGGCAAGGGUGUUUAUCCCUCUUCUGCGCGUUAAAAGAGGUCGUAUCGUUCUCUUGGGUGACUCCGAGACAAGCUAUGCUAGCAAAGCCGGAACAGGCCUUGUGGCAUUCACUGCUUCACGUAAAGCCGUGGAAGGGGCUGCUGCUGCAUUAAAGAGCGAAUUACAUUCUUCGGGUGUUGACGUCGUUCUUCUCAAACCACCACCCAUCAAUCCCCUUGUACUUUAUGCAUCGCCUCUUCUCAAGACGCUCGAUGUUGAAUCAGGUGUUACGUCUUCCGAGGGAACAUGGGUCGCACCUUUAUCGAAUUAUUCGGUUCAAAACUCUUUAAUUCCUGCAUUAACGACACCCUGUCCAUUAAGUUCUUAUGAUAUGAGUUUAAAAACCAAAUUGUUCUGGCGACAAAAAUGAUAAUAUAAGAAGAAUGAGUGUUUUUUUAGUUUAUAAGGUAUUUUCUAUUUCUUUCUCAAACGGAAGAGAAAUAAUAGUCACUGUAAAUUUGUAGUAUUAAUAUUAAUAAUAAUCUGUACAGUUUUGUAAACAAUUUAAAAUAAAAAUAUGUAGAAUUUU